AUGGCUCCUGGCAAAUGGGGCCAUGGCCGGGCCGUGUGCAGGCGACAAAUGUUCAAUUUCCCAGUCUCAUAUAGGCUACGGUUCAUGCAGUCUCAGGCUCAGAUCCAUACAGUCAGGCAAUACGUGGGCUAUACAGUCUCAUACAGUCAGGCUCACAUGGUCGGGCCGUCAUACAGUCUUUGCCAUACAGUCUUUGCCAUACAGUCUUUGCCAUACAGUCACGUAAACAUCUGUCCUGCAGCGGCCCGAGCCAUUUCUAUUGGCGGACCCUGGAGUCAUCAACCGAUCCAACAAAGCAAGCAGCAAACCAACCAACCCAAUCAAAAAGUUAAAGAACCAACCAGGCCUGUGUCUUCCAAGUCACCAACUGACCAAAUGCCUAAUCCCAGAAAAACCAAAUCACCAUAUCGCCAAAAAAACCAAAUCUGCUCCAUCCAUCCCAUCUCCCAUCUCAGAUAG